GGGAGGCACUCAGAGCCACGCCUCCUAAAACACUAAGCGAAAGUUAGGUUAUUAUUUUAUAGUGUAUUUACGGUCCAGUCGAUGUGACGCUCACAGCUGAACUCAUCUCUAGCGGAAAAGCCAUGAAAUCCACCUGACUCGCUGGGAAACGACCUUUUCAGGAGACCUUUCACUUGUUGCGCACUUGUUAUUUUCUCCCAUUGGGACCGAGUUACAUUGAAACAUGCGUGUUUGUGUCACAAGCGGAUGUUCUGCGUCCGAGCUCACGGUUUGUCUGGAUUUCUUAAUGCACCACGUCUGAAACGAGCCAUAAAUGACCCUGAAGCUACAAGAACCGGACAGCUGUGAAGGAAUGAAAGGCUUCAUUACACAGGUGAAGCUAUGAGAACAUCCGUGAGCUAAGCAAACUAGUUAACACGAGCAUGAUGGAGUCCUCGAGCGGCUGCAGGUCCCACAGAGCCACCGGCGGCUGGAGCUUUCACCUCCUCUACAGUGUCCUCCUCCUGUGGAGUGACCAAAUGCAUGGACUCUCCGACUUCUCAACUUAUUUAUUCAGGAUCAUUAUCAGUCACUCAGCACAUGCUCGUGAUGGUGAGCCACUGCUGCUUUCUUGCCCACGCCACUCCACCAUCUCUGUGCAGUCUGCGUUCUACAGACCUCAUGCACCUCUCACCCACUGCAAUGCACCUACAGCACUGCAGAAGAUGCUAUCAGAAUGCCAAGGCCGGAGAAACUGUCAAGUCUUGGUUAAUUACCGUAUGUUUGGCAGUGACCCCUGUCCUGAAACCACCAAAGACCUUCAUGUAUCAUACAGCUGCAAACCCACGGAAAAUAAAAACAGUACAAGAUGCGAGGGUGAUCAAAUGUUGCUUCACUGUAAGUACCCAAAGUUGCUGAACAUCUACUCGGCUGUGUAUGGGCGGGAACUGGGAGAAAAAGCAGCUUGUCUUACAAAGGAAGAGCAACCACCUCCCUUUGAUUGCUUGUAUUAUGGAGCCCUGGACACGGUAAACAAAUUGUGCUACGGAAAGCAGCGAUGCCUUUUUAUCAUUAACGAUCAGCAAUUCAGAAAUCCCUGCACACCCGAAACAAAGAAGUACCUCACUGUUAUCUACUCAUGUGUUCCACAGAGUUUACUCAAAGAGGCUGACCCCAACUUUUUCCAAACUACAAUUCCCCAGGAGACCACCAAAGCUGGGAAGCUUCCUGAUGUCAGAGAGUCCAGAUUCCCAGUUAAAAAUGGCAUCCUUGUGAGCAACUCUCUCAUGGCAUAUGGAUACAUUAAAGAACAUCCUGAAAAGGCUGGCCUUCUCUUUGUCUCGAGUGUGUGUAUGGGACUGUUCCUUGUGUUGCUGGCCAUCUCUAUGAGGAUAACCUGUAGCAUGCAUCACGAAGGAACAAGCAGUCUAAACAAGAACUCCGACACUGUGGAACCAAAAGUAGAAAAAGAUGAUGAGGAUGAUGAUGAAGACAGCGAUAGUGAAGAGUCUGAGCCAUUGAUGGACAGCUCAAUGAUGUCAGAGUUAGGCAGGAAAGUUUAUUGUUGGGAAGAGGCGAUGUACACGACUGAGGCGGCGGAACUGAUCGAGAGGCUGGAACGACGAGAGAUGAUCAUCCAAGAGAUCGGGAUGAAUGCAUACCUCAAUGGCACUUCCUGCACGCUGCACUGAUACACACUGGCUAAAUACAUGAAUACAGGUGAAGGUGCAGAAAUGAGAAUGUAGAAGUUUAAAUGAAUCCUCGGCCAGCUUGAUCACCGUGUGGUCAUUGAACAAGCAGAUUUAUUACCUGUGCAUCUUCCACAAUAUUUUGUAUGCCUUUUAUUAAAACUAUUUACACUUAUUUAAUACUGAACAAAAGACAGUACUUUAAUAAAUAUUAAAUCUCCAAAGGACCCAAACUUUAAUGCAAAUGCAUUAUGAUUCUUUAUUUCACAGUUUAAAGAGUUUUCAGCUUUAAAUCUGAUACAAAAAAGUAAAGAUCGCAUAUCAGCUCAAAUGUCACCUGAAUCCGCUUUUCAGAUAACUCAUUUUUAUAUAAAUCACCCGUCACAUUAAAGUUAUAUGGUUCUUUAACAGAGCAUUUGGUGCCGUUAUAGCGAUCUGUGCAUAAAAUAAUUUUUAUUUAUUUAUCUAUCAAAAGGUUCUUCUCUCGCUACAUAUUAUUAAUAGCAUAAACACAGGCUCUAUUCCAUUUCAGACUUUAGCUGGAAUGGCAAUGUUUGUCAACUUUUAUAAACUUUGUUUCAUAUAUAUUUCCUGAUUACAUCAACACAAGUUCAUUUACAUUAGACCCUGAAUAGAUUCUGAAUCUGAUUCUGAACUUCCUGAACAGGAGUUAUUUUUAGCAAUAACUUGUUGCUUAUAGGCUACAGAAAACAUUAUAUAUUUAUAGCCCUACGACAAAAAUGGUUUCAAUUUAGCCUAAAUGCCAAAUAUGUUAAUGGCCUUGUCUUAUUUGGCAAAAACAGAAUAGCAUCAACUGUUUUUAGGCGAUUCCGUCAUGUCUCUAAAACACGGCCUACUGCACUAAAUGAGCGCUCGCUCACACUGCUUGUUGCAGGAACUCAAUCUUGUUUCUCCCAAAAUGAGAGCAAAUUUUUCUCUCAUACUUAGAGUAUGUAGUUCAUAUUUGCAUAAUUAAUGACUUGUGCCUAAGUCACCCACCCGCUACCCA